GGCAGGAGCAAAUACGCAACCACGAUCAUUCCCUCAGUGCCAUGGACAGACCAUCCUCAGGAAGUCUUCUUCCACGACUUGCUUUUUUACUUCUGAUCGGUGCUCUCAACGUUCAUACAAGAAGCCUUGCAAGUCCAGUCAACCAGGUUUUCCAUUCAAAGGAUGAUUCAGACAUCCAGAACCAGAUUUUGGCAUUUCUGCUACGGAAAAACAUCAUGCCUGUUCCAGAAAAGGACGUAAUAGGUCUCGAACUGGCCAGAAAAAUUGCAGAGCUGCAGGAGCUUGCGGCUCUUCAAGAGGAGCUAAGUACAGAAAGAAAAUUGAUGUCAAAUGCAAUAGAAAAAGAAAGAUCGAUGACCAGUAAAAGAGAUGAUGCCUGUUUUUGGAAAUACUGUGUUUGAGGAUCUUAAAGUGAAGAGCGAGGAGCAAGGAAAUCUGCAAAAUCGUCUAAUGCCUUAAGAUGUGUCAAACAAGCAGAACUUUUUCAGAUAUGGAAGUAUAUGUAUUCAU